CUAUCGUGCAAAGAAUGUGCAAUUGUGGCAAGUUCUGGUCAUCUCAUUAAAUCGAACGCUGGAAGGGAAAUUGACCAACAGCAGUGCGUAAUACGAAUGAACGUUGCACCUGUUGUAGGCUUUGAACGUGAUGUUGGAUCACGCACCACCAUCCGGGUCGUGGGACAUCGAAAUUUCAAACUUCUACAAAAACGGAAAAUACUGAAAGAGGUUAUUGAAAGCAACACAACAAGGACUGAUAUGAUUAUAAUUAGUUGGAUGAGCUCCAACAAAGAAGUGCCUAAGCUAACCAGUGAUGUAUAUCAGUUCGCCUUUCUUUUAGCCAACCUCUACCCAGAAGUCCCAAUAUACUCUGCUCAGCCUGAUCGAAUGGUGCAAGCCGAAGAACUCUUCAAAAAAGAAACCGGCUUUACAGUAAAGCAGGCCCAUACCAUGCUGACAACUGGAUGGUAUACAAUUGUACAUGCCAUGGAAUUCUGUUCUAAUAUAACUGUAUAUGGCAUGGCAAAUGAAGACUUCUGCAGUUCUACGAACUCAAGUGUUGCAUAUCACUACUACGAGUCCAUCAAAAAAAAGAGUGAGUGCGAAUAUUAUAAUAAGAGUGAAAACAGAAAACGUGGUGGACAUCUCUUCAUCACAGAAAAGUCUGUAUUCCGACGUUGGUCAAGUUACAUGGACAUCACUUUCAAACAUCCUAUGUGGCCGAGAAAAGAAAGUAACGGAACUCUACGUUCACCAUUUUUGGACAAACACAGAGGAAAAUUGAGGAAGACAAUGGCAUCAAAAGUUGUAAAUAAUAAUAUAUCAAAUAUUUCUACCAAGCCAAUUCAAAAAUUAUCAAAGGAGCAAGUGGAAAAUAAACCAGAUAAUAAUGUCGCAAGUGAUAAAAUAAAUUCGCUAAAUAAGAGAAAUCUGACUCACAAUAACAUGUCUGUCAAUUCAGCAAAAAUAUCUAAUGUGUUAAAUACGUCUGCCAAAUUGGAAACACGCAAUUUGAAGCCCAGUAAAAAGAAGAGAAAGCGACGGAGAAAAUACAAGAAAAAAAAUAUUUGAGUUGAAACCCGCCUGUCUUAGCUUAUUAAAACAUAACUUGGUCUUGUGGGAGACGUUAGUCCGAUAGGUUCACCAGUUAAAAAAAACAAAGUGUUUUCUGUUUGUUGCCUGUUACUGUAUUUAUCAAUCUUUUUAUAGGCCAUUUUAAUCUGAUGUAUCGUCUUUGCCUCUGUGUUGUGUUGUAAUUUAUUGUAUUUUUAUUUGGCCAAGGGGUUUAGAGGAUACCCACAUUUUGGGCUCUCAGCCCAUGAUGUUCACCUUGGCACCCCGCUGGCCAUAAUUUUCCUGAUUUGUGAUUUUUGUGCCGAAUAUGUAAUAAAUAAACUAAUAGAAAUAAAUAAUGCACACCAAGCACGAACGUCUUUAUAAUGGACCUUUCCGGUGUGUCAACCAAACUUAACAACUGACCAAUCAGAACAGUGCCAGGAAUACGUGCGUGUCCAACAAACAUACGUGUUGUGUCACAAACGCACGUGUUUACGUAUGUUUUUACCAUAGAGCUUUUAGGCUAUGUUCUCACACGGCAGCUAACGGUUAGCAGGAUCCGGAUCCUGCUAACCGUUAGCUGCCAUGCGUCCAUGCGAUCCGGAUGCCAACAAUACGAUGAUCGAAUCACUAGCCAAUAAGAAACUGGAAAUUGUAAACGCGUACGUGUGAUUGGUUGAUGAUAGAAACGCCCUCAACUUGCUAACCGAUAGCGGUUGCUAACCGUUAGCGCAUCCGGAUACCGCUAAACGGUUAGCGCUAACCGAUCGGGCGUUCUCACGCAGGUGCUAACGGUUAGCGCUAACGGUUAGCUCCCGAUCCGGAUACUAGGGCUCUCGUGAGAACCAGGCUUGAGUUUUUACAUUGUCGAAAUUGUGGGACCCUGGCAACAAUAUCCAAGGGGCGGGGCUUAGGUGAAAUGAAAUGCCCAUUAUGAAGCUCCAUGUAUAAAAUUUUUCAAAUCAAAUAUAAUCUGAUAUCAUUCCUUGUUUGUAUUAUUACCUCCUCAUAAAGGUUUUGUAUUCACCGCUGUUUGUCUGUUAGAAAAACUACGCAAAAAAAUAAUGGAUUAAUCAUCAUAAAAUUAAGUGGAAUUUUGUACCGAUACAUAAUAAUCUAAUGAAAGAGAUGAUUAAUUUUUGGGAAGAAAAUGUCAAAGGGCAAGGUCAAAGAAUUUCGAUUUCUUUACUAGCGGCGUAGCGAGGUGCUGACGGGCCCCAGGGCAAGAUAAUUGACGGGCCCUAUGUGAAGCCCGGAGUGACGGAGACAGAGUUUCUUUCUGACCAUCUCGCAAAUGCGACUCAGGAGUAUAUUAUUUUGUCGGUAUGCUGCUAGUUUCGCCCAUCAUACACGGCCUAUUGUUGGUACUGUAUUCAGGCACAGGCAAUGCCGUAGCCAGCUAUUGGAACAGUUGGGACAGUCCCACACACUUUUUCUAAUGGGUCCACACAGAAUGGGGUCCACAUUUUUAAGAAUGGUUCCAAAUUAUGGAAUUUUAUACAUAAAAUGCGUCCACUUUUAGAAAAAUGGGUCCAGAUUUCUCAUUUAGCCUAAAAUGAAUAA